AGGGAGGUGCGUCCCGGAGUUUGGGAGGCGGGUGUGGGUCUGGAAUGGUUUCUUGUUUAAAACUACUUUUUCUGAAGCCUUUCAGUGCUGCCAGUUUACCCUCCAGGCGCUGAGGGUCAUGUAUUAAAUACUUGUCUGGAGUUUCCUACGCAGUAAACGGUGGGUCCUAGGGGCCGGGAGGUGUUCGGACCAAGUGUUGUCGUCCACUGCGUAUUGUGUAAAAACUGCAGUUCAUUCCUGUACUCGUUACUGAUAUGUAAACCAGUUUCUGAAGCGGGGGUGAGGGUGGCGGCAGUUGAAGUGGAGAGAAAUUUUAAAAACAGAGACAACUUUUCUCUCGUUCUGAGUUACGAGCAACGAGGAUUCUGCGAAACUUGGCUGGGAAGAAGAGUAUGCCAAAGAUAGAGUACUGGAAGGAGCAGGACUUUAAAAAACACAGUACCAUAUAAACAAUGGAAUAUUACCCAGCCAUAAAAAGAAACGAAAUUGGGUCAUUUGUUGAGACGUGGAUGGAUCUAGAGACUGUCAUACAGAGUGAAGAACAAAAAGCAGAAAGUAUAUAUAACUGUGCUGAUAUAGAAAUAUCUCCAAAAUAUUUCUUGCCCAGGGGUGUGCCUUCCUGGCAAGCAAGAUGUGUUCCUUGGGGUUUACCUCCUGAAUCAGUACCUGGAGACACACUGCUUUCCUUCCGUGUUCCCUAUUAUGAUUCAGCGGAGCAUGAGGUUUGAAAAGGUAUUUGAAAAUGCAAUAGAUCCUGGAGCUGUAGCAGACAUUUUAGAAACGUGGGAAGAGUUGGCCUAUUAUGAAGAAAACACGAGGGACUUUCUCUUCCCUGUACCCAGGCUGACACCUUCGUACCCUGGGCUGUGUAGGGAGGUGCUCAUGAAGACAGUUGAAGGUUUUCCGGGCAUUGCUCCCAAAAUAGAGUUUUCUACGAGGACAGCCAUCAGAGAACGUGUGUUUCUGCAUAGACACAGAUUUCUUGAAGAAAGAUGUGAGUCACGAAGGCCUUUAUCCACAUCAAAUGGACCAAAAUUCCCCUUAAGUAGUAUAAAGAUGAAACCAAGGGAGAGUAAUCUCGACAGACUGCCCCAAGGCAUGCAGUCCCGGCCGCCCUCUCCAUAUUUCACCAGGCGUUUCUUUCAGGACCAGCCAGCUCAACUGAAUCUUGGAGAUAGUUUCAAAAUACCUGGAGAAAGCAAACCUCCAUUUGUAGUAAGACAUGUGGACAGUGCAAAGCCCUUUGGUGAGAACAGUUCAGAGCAUCAUUCCCAGAAGUCUAGAAGAAAAUCUGACUUUUCAAACUUUCCAUUUCCAGUGAGAAGAGCUUCUUCUCUUGACAGCCUUGCAGCUAACGUAAAGGUUAUCAAAGAGCCAGAUGAACGGAUUGUUUUAAGGAAUGAAUCACCAUUAUCGUUAGAUUUAAGUAAGUUUGAAAAGCCCUCGGCCAGUUACAGUCAUCAAGGGGAUGCCGAUGUCCACUGGGAAACUUCAUUUGCCACCUCCCAACACUCCAGAACUCCCAGCCCUCUUCUGGAUCAGCCCCUUCUCCGAGAAAGGUUCCACCCUGCGUCCCAGUCCAUGUGGAAGAAGAUCCACGAAAGGGUCUGCAGUCGUCUGACGUCCCACAGAUCUCAGCAACACCUAAACAAGGAAGACUCCAUCUCUGAAGUAAAGAAUAUCCUUGAAAGACCAAACUACCCUCUGAAGAAAUAUCCGGUGCAUAAACAGAGAUAUUUUUAAACUGCUGUCCUGUGGGAGACUGAAUGAAAGCUGGAGGAGCAUCAUGAAGAGCUCAGUCAUCAAGCCAACUGAACAACAAUUUUUGUCCCGUGUAUCAAAGCACCAGUGUCUAACCCCCGUUAACUCAAACCUGUACCCACCCAGUCUUUUGUACCCAGGUAAGAGCCAUUGAUUAAAGUGUCUGCUCUUUGGGGCUCAAGUUUUCUUGUCAAGCUGGAAAAUUUGUGUUUUAGUUUGCUUGUAUGCUUGUUUUGAGCUUGAAAACGAAAAUAAUAGUUGGGUGGCAGGUGCUUUUUCAUUUGGAAAGCGCUUCUUAAAAUUCUGAUGAAGAUGUCAAGAUGCCUUUUCAGGUGUUCCUCAUUUUGGGCAGUGGAUGUGUUCUUGAAAAGUUCUUUUCUUUCCCUCCUUCCUCAUUUUUUUCUCCUUCCCGCUUGUCCUCACCCCUCCCCCACCUCUACCUGUUUCCCUUCCCUUCCCUUCCUUUUCCUUCCCGUUCCUUCCUGUCCCUUCCUGUUCCUUCCCUUUCCUCUUACAUUUUCCAUAAGCUCGAGGAAGCUGCUAUCUAGAGGAAUAAACUGAUAUAUCCUCUAGAAAAAGACUGUCACCUGAUUUUCCAUUUUUGGUAAAUCUGUUUUUUUGUGGUUGUUUGCUUUUUAGUGUUAGGCUUGAUUUACAUGAUAUCAACUGAAAACCUAGGAAGAGGGAGCAUUACUUCUGGAGAAUUCAGGUCUUGCUUUAAAGGUUUAAUUUCCAUGCUACAUUUGUAAGAGGAGGCUAAUUUCUUUUGUUUGUUGUUUAAAACACUCCUUCUGUCACCUACCCCUCCUUUUUUCCAACAAUUCUUAAAUAAAUUUAUAUGAGGAACAAAACCUUCAAAUAUUUUUCUGAAAUAAAUAACUACACUAAGUUUGGCAGAAAUGACUGUCAAAACCAGAUUUAAAAUUAGUAGAAGGGUGCCUUUAUGAAAUGGUUACCCAGUUUGAGGAUCAAGAAGAGGAUGGGGGUGGAUUGAAGUGGACAUUUGUCUUCAUGGGUCUACAGACCCAGAGAAGAGAGGGCUUGAAAAUGGAAACCUUUGUCUUUCCUUCAUGCUAUAUCCUGAGCAUUUUCCUCUACCAUGCCCUAAAACCCUUUCAGUUUUUACAAGAUUCAGUGAGAAUCAAGUUUCCUUUUCUCAUUAUUACCACAGGAAUUGGUUCAUUAGGUAAAUUAAGAAAACAAAAUUUAAAAUUAAAGGAGAAAAAAAGUCCAAAAGCCAAAAUAAAACAAAAUUCAUUUAUCCCUUCUCAGAAUUUCAGCCUAAUAAAGGUAUAUAUCACAACAAGUAUUCCACCUUUGAAAGACAGACAAUAUGCUUAAAUUACACCUGCUUGUAUGUUCUCAGUGUGUCUGAAACUAUAGUUGUCAGUUUGUUAUUUUGAGGUCUAAGUAGUCAUCAAUAAUAAAAAAUACUGUAUUACAUUAAGACUAUGGUAGAGUUCUCAGAAAAGGGCCACUUAGGAAGGAUAUAAGCAGCUGAAGGAAAUCAGUUCUAAUGAAUUGGUAUCCGGUGGCAGUUAUUGUUCAGAUACCCACUGUGACACUCAUUGUCCUUUUUUUCUUUUUUUAUGGUUUGAGCAUAACUCCUUAAUUCAACUUAGGGAUAAGAUCUUAAAUGCCCAUUCUUAUUUAAAGUCUUUUUUUUUUCUUUCGCAAAUCAAUCUGCCUUUUGCUCACUUUCUAAUCUGCUAACUCUAUUGUUUAAGUUAUUCCUAUUUUAUCUUUUUAUUUCUCAAGGAGUUAUUUCAGUUUUGAGGACUUACAUUGGGGCCAGGAUUGCAGCAGGAUUUUUCUUUUGGAAUAUAUAAAAAUGUGAAUAAUUUUGUGACUUAUUGGGGAUUACUUUGGGAAGAUCUGUGUCAUUAAACAUAAUAAAUAUCCCCACCUGUCUUGCUUCA